AUGAUUGAAACAAUGCUGACAUCCAAUCUCUCAGUUGCAAGUACUCUUCCCACGCACGCAACGAGAAUGGGUAACUUCAGCUCAAAGCAGGUUCCGAAGGCGGCGCGCGCCAGAUUGCCCUCGGUGAUCAGGCGUCUGGGUAAAUCCAGUACCACGGUGGGUAGCGUCCUCACCUCGAUUUCGACACCGGAACCUCUCGCGGCGACCCCUCCCGCAGAGACGUUCACUCAAGCCGCCGACGCUGCUGACGAGCACGUCCGCCUUGAGCUCCCCGACGAUUGCUCCGAGACCUUGGCAAGCCAUACCUAG